UUCAUGGGCUUGCCCAACGUUUCCGACGUUCUUGCCCGAGCGAACCAAUGAAUAUUUCCCACCUCUCCCUCUUGUCCCCUCCUUCUCCGCCUCCCGAGCCCAUCGACGACGAGAUCCCGUAAAAAAUUCCAAGCACCAUCGACUCCACCACUCCCCACUCUUUAUUCCCCCUUUAUCCCUACUUUAUGUCCGUCUCACGCUAUUCUACCCUCGAUCCCUUCUCCCCAAUUUCCUCCUCUUUUCCCUCCCUCUUCCCCUCCACCGAUCCUCGUGAACUCCUCCCCGGGAUCCCCUUCUCUCUGUCAUAUCUCAUCUCCCCCGACCCCCCUCUAGAUUAGUAUUCUCAUGUUCAUAAUUCGCUGUCCAAUUCAUAGAAAUGCGAAAAAAUUCGCAGAUCUCGACGUUAACAUCACGGUUAGAUCGUUGAAAACAUCCGUAUAACCAGUUACCGGCAAGAAGAUCGGAUUUGGUGAUCAUGGGUCGCCUGAUCGGCAAGCAGAGCUCCCCCCGGUUGCCGCCGCAGAUUGCCCGGCCAUGGCCCGAGUUCCUGGAGGUCGGCGUUGUCCCGCCGAUGAACGCUCUGGAGAUCUUGAGGGAGACGGUGAGGAUCCUCCGUACCGAUCCCUCUACUUUUAUGACCAUUCUUGGCCUUCUCAUCUGCCCUGUUUCCGCCGCCCUGCUCUCCAACACCCUCGUUGAUGCAGCCGUCGUUGGCGCUGUCUCGCACCGCCUCGUCCUAUUAGCUGUUACCAGCGGCCUCCCUCUCACCCAUUUCCUCAAACAGAUGUGCCACCAUUUAGCUGGUACGGUUGUUUCCUGUACCUUCUGUUUCCCUCUUUUACUCACAUUCCUUCUCCUUGCCCGCGCUUCCAUCGUCUACUCUGUCGCCUGCUCAUAUGCCGGCAAAAAGGUCGUCGCUUUGGAGUUCUUCGGGACCGCGAGCCGGAUUUGGAGGCGCCUUGUGUCGACCUAUAUCUGGAUCUGUGUCUCCAUUUGUGGCUGCCUGGCUCUGUUUCUCGCCCUCCUAGUGAUGGUCUGCAAUGCACUUGCUGUUCUUGGUUACCCUCCGGAGAUCGUCGUCUACCCAGCUCUGUUCACUGUCUUGGUCUUCUCGAUGGUGUAUGCCCACACGAUCAUUGUUUGCAAUCUCGCCACUGUGAUCUCCAUCCUGGAGGAUGUGUCGGGGCCGCAGGCUCUGGCUCGGUCGGUCCACUUGAUCAAGGGGCAGACCCAGGCAGGGCUGUUGAUAUUUCUUGGGUCGACAAUUGGGAUGGCUUUGGUGGAAGGGCUAUUUGAGCACAGAGUGAAAACAUUGAGCUACGGGGAUGGGUCAUCGCGGCUGUGGGAAGGGCCUCUGCUGGUCCUUAUGUAUUCCUUUGUGGUGCUUGUCGAUUCUAUGAUGAGUGCAGUCUUCUACUUCACUUGUAGAUCUUCUAGCAUGGAAGUGUUGAAUGGUGAUGACCAUUCCGUGGAAGAACUAGAAAAGAUUUCUAUUGAGCUGGUGGAUGUUAAAUAAUGCUGUAUUUGGGAAAACUGAUCCCUUUUAGCAUCAUUUCCACCAGGGCAAUAAACAGCAAGAAAAGCCAGGACUGCAGAUGGUGUUACUGCAGCAGUUGGUCUUGCGGAUUUCGAAGAGGAAGCAUUCCACCCUUAAUUCGUGGUGGAUGGAAUGUUUUGAUGCGAACUUUUCCUGUGGAUGUACAAGAAUUAAGAUGCUUGAUACGACUGGAAAAUGCAACCCUUUGUGUACUGGAUAUCAUGUAAAUGAAAGUUUCAGUAUACAGUCUAUUUUGACAUUUUUUGUAAGCCAUGUCUAUCCUAAAGCUCUUUCAUGACUGAUAUAAGCAUGCCUUGUAUUUUUAAGUUCUUUGAUCUUUUGUACUCCUCACUUCUUGGAAGUCCAGAAUGAUUAUUAAUUGAGACAUCCUGUU